AUGUCAGAGGCCCACCAGGCUUCCUCGACGGUGCAGGCGCUUAGCUCAGAGACCAGCAAUACCGCGGUGGGAAUCAGCAUUAUCGUGUUCAUGUCCAUCGCCCUGUACAAUGCGAUCGAGCUGUCGGUGCUGAUCCCGCUCACUUUCCACCGCUAUCGGUCUCUCUACUUCUGGGCGCUUUUCAGCUCGGCCGUGCUAGGCGUGAUUCCGCAGACGAUCGGGCAAGGACUGCAAUUCUUCAAUCUGGAGCCGUUGUGGCUGAGCAUGUUUCUCUCGAAUUUCGGGUUUUUCUUUCUCGUCCCGAAUCAGUCCGUUGUCCUUUACUCGCGAUUGCACCUGGUAUCGCAGAAUACACUCGUGCUAGCGUUUGUACGGUGGUUGGUCGUUUUCGCAUACAUCACGAUUGUCAUCCCCACAAUUGUAUUAAAUGUAGGCUCGUCGUUCGUCCCGCAAUCUGUUCAAUGGGUCAAGGGUUUCAGCGUGAUGGAACGCAUCCAGGUAACCUGGUUCACGGCUCAGGAGGUCCUCAUUUCAACCAUUUAUAUCUGGGAUACAAUAUGGUUGAUUCGGUUGAGUCCCGAGGCGGAUGUGCGUCGACAUAAGAUCCUAUAUGAGCUAUUGGCUGUUAAUAUCGCGGCGAUCAUUAUGGAUUUGUCACUGGUUGUCCUGCAGUAUCGGGGGUUCUACUUUACGCAGAUUGAGUUGAAGCCGAUGGUGUAUAGCAUCAAGCUUAAGCUUGAGUUUGCUGUGCUUGGCAUGUUGGUUUCUAUUGUGCACUCGCACACCUCGAAUCCACCGACAUGGAGGGCUGACUGUACGACCUCGGAGUUUUCAUAG